CAGCAUUUCGCAACACAACACUGAACUUUUUUUUCUCUCUCAAAACUCACAAACUCUCUCUAUCGCUUUCUCUCACUCUCUCAUUCGUACACUUGUAAGAGUUAUUCAUUCAUAUUCAUCUGUACAACAACUCCUCUUUUUUUUCCCAAUUGACUCAUUCCUUUUGAUUGAAGAAACAAUCCCAACAUAUUUUCCAGGAAAAGGAAAGAAAAUAUAACAGAAAGUUCUUGGCUGGCAUUAAAGCAGGGCAGAAGUAACAGUAGUGGUAGUAGAGUACAGUGAACCCAAAAAAAAAAAAAACACAGUUACUCAGUUUCCUUAUUAACUUUGGUAGAUUCUCUUUUCUGGUUCUAAGCUGUAUACACCCUUUGUUUUCCAUCCUGCUCAGUCUUUUAAGUCCUUUCUCUUUUUGCCUAACAAGCCCUUCAAAUUAGUUUUUCGAUUUUUGAAUCAGCUUUGGCCUUUUUAGGUACCCCUUUUCACAGUUUCUUUUUCCCUUGUCUCUCUUAUCGUUAAAUAACUCAUAAGGCUUCAGCUUCACGAUUUCGUUAGUUUCCUUUUUCUUUCGAAUCCCUUUUAAUUUUAUUCGGGUCUAAAUCUUUCUUUCUUUUCUUCUUUUCGCUUGAUGAGAAUCUGAAGUGAAAUUUUGGUAUAGUUAUGAUGGAGCAGAGUAUCCUAUGUCCGAUAAAAUGCACUGAGCACCGGAGUAUCACCAAAAAGUUAACCAGACCCUCGAAGAAAUCAUCGUCGGAUUCAAGUUUCGCCGUUCCCAGAACCGUACGGAUAUCCAUUACCGACCCGGAUGCGACUGAUUCUUCCAGCGAUGAAGAAGGAGAGUUCUUCAGUCGUCAAAGGGUGAAGCGAUAUGUACACGAAGUUAACAUCGAGACUAGCUGUAAACCCAAUCUUGUCUCUAAUGUUCGAAAAAGACCGGCGGUUGAAGCCGGACCCACUUGCCGGAGACCCAUCAAAACCUCUAAUACUUCUUCUUCUUCUUCAUCUCCGGUUAAGAAGUUUAGAGGAGUUCGACAACGGCCGUGGGGUAAAUGGGCGGCUGAGAUUCGAGAUCCAGCUAGACGUGUACGGCUCUGGUUAGGUACGUACGAUACGGCAGAGGAAGCUGCCAUGGUGUACGACAACGCUGCCAUUAAGCUUCGUGGACCUGACGCUUUGACCAACUUCGUCACUCCUUCGGCGAAAGAAAAUCCGGCAGAGCCGGAAAUUACCGGAAGAGCUUCAGCAUCGGUAUCUGGGUACGAAUCGAGCGAAGAGUCGAGAAACCUUUCUUCUCCGACUUCAGUUCUUCAUUUCAGAACUCACUCAAACGAAGAAGAAGGUGGUCAAAAACCCAUACUAGACGACUUCAUUCUAGAACCAGAAGUAUUGUCUCAACCUCUGAAACAAGAACCAGAAGAAGAAGAAGAAGAAGAAGCUGUAAUCCAAGAGUGCCAAGGCGAAACGACAACGAACGGUGUACCAAACGAUUUGGGUGAUUACUUGUCGUUUGACUUACCUCCAUUCGAGGACGAGUUCUUCAAUUUCGAAUACUCCCCAGAAUCAACGACACUAUUUGACCCGUCGUUUUUCUUAUUAGACGACAUAAAGAUUGAAAACGACAACAACGAAGUUAGCGCAUCAGACGAUAUGGUUAUUCAACCUUUACCGGACUAUAUAAUAAAAGAAGAUUUCAGUGACAUGUUCAUUGAGUCACCAUACGACACGUCGUCCGGUACUGAUUCGUUGUGUCAAGGUGGAGACGAUCUCUUUAGAGAUAUUUUGUUUGGUUCAGACCCUCUUGUGGUCCUCUGAGAAAUUCACAGUGGCAGCCACAGUCAUUGGACCGAGUGUUGCCGCCGUUGCCUUGCCGAUUUCUCGGCAGAUUUUGUUCAGGCUGCAACAACAAAAUUAAAAUAAAAUAAAAAAAAAAAUUAAAUUAAAUAAAUUCUGUUUUUUCUUUUCUUUAUUAUAUUAUUUAGUUUUUUUUUUUUUUAAAUAUUUAUUAUAUUAUGAGGGAGUAGUAGUAGUAAGAAUGGUUGACUGUUGAGUGGAGUUUUGUUAAGAGACUUUGGCCAUGUAAUACCUUUUCAUUUUUGGAUUAAAAGAGUGUAUCUAUAUUAAUUAAGUCUAAUUGUAUAAUUUAUUUUUCUA